AUGAGAGGCCAAGGGUAUGAUGAUGCUAAUAAUAUGCGUGGUUCUUGGAAUGGACUGCAGACAUUGUUUCUUAAAGAUUGUUCAUAUGCAUACUAUGUUCAUUGUUUUGCCCAUCGUUUACAACUCACAUUGGUUUCUGCACCUAAUGAUAUUGGUAAUUUGCAACGAGCCGGAGGUACUCGUUGGUCUUCUCAUUUCAGCUCUGUAAAGAGUUUGAUUGAUAUGUAUGCUGUAACUUGCAAAGUGCUUGAGUAUCUUAGUGAUCAUUCUCCAAAGAAGUUUUAUCCUGAAUAUUUUAAACAGCAAGAUAUUUAUUGUUUGAAAGUUGAGUUGCAACACUAUCAGAAUGAUGUGAUUUCUGAACCUCGAUUUCAAGUACCUAUACUUUCUGAUUUUUGUCGAAAAUUGGUUGCAAGUAGAAGGCGGGAGAGUUACGUCCUUUUAACUAAAUUGAUUUGUUUAGUACUGACACUACCUAUUUCAACGGCGACUAUGGAGCGAGCAUUUUCAGCAAUGAAACAUGUGAAGACGAAAAUUCGUAACAAAAUGGAUGAUGAUUUUCUUGCUGAUUGUUUAACACUAAACAUUGAACGAGAAUUUAGUAUGAAUUUAGAUCUAGAUUCUAUUAUAGAUAAUUUUUAUGCUGUAAAACAUCGUCGAGUACAACUUCAAUAA